CGCGCCCGCGCGCCUUUCGACCGCGCGCUACGAUGCCCCGGUGGUGAUAGUGCUGUGCUGUGUUUGUAUUGUACCCCGUGUUCUGUGCGCGCAAGCAUUAAGAUGAGGUUCCUCGGCGCUGUGGCGCUUACACUAGCGAUCAUUACAGAAUGUUUCGGCGCUCAGUCAGAUCGUUCAAGGCACCGUUCCGGUCCCAUCAGAAGCGUACCGGUAGCGGCUAACGUUAAGCGGGACGUGGACUUCGACUGCCCUGAAGAGUUCGGUUACUACCCGCACCCAAGCGACUGCACCCUGUAUUACGUCUGCGUGUUCGGAGGCGCCUUACUCGAAUCCUGCACUGGAGGACUUAUGUACAGCCACGAGCUCCAGACAUGUGAUUGGCCGAGAAACGUUGGUUGUGAUGGUGUUAGCGCGCUGGGAGGCGAAGAGCUGGAGAGAAUAAGUGAGAGGGAGAGAGAUCCGCCGCCGCCUCCCCCGCCGCCGCGCCGCACCCCGCCUCCACCCCCACCAAGAGCACAGCCAAAUCCUGUCAUAACUUCCAGAGGUCAGCCGAAAUUCAACCGCGAGGAAUACGAGAAGCAGCAGCAACUGUAUGCCGAAGUUGACGAUUUGCCGCCCGUUGAAGAAAUCGAAAGUGACAGACAGCAACGGGUAUAUCGCGGGCAACCUUCUACAAUAGGUCAGGUCCAGAAAGAUAGAGAUGGCUACUCACAAGUCAGCUCAGGAAGAAAUUUUAAUACCAAUAUCAUUCCUGCUUCGAUACCACAAAACAAUGGCAAGAUAGGUUCCUUUUCUUUUGGCACACAAGUUAAUGAAAGAAGAGGUGAUGAAAGAAGAAAUGACGAAAGAAGGACUGCUACAGUAACUCAGGCUCCACAAACGUACAGUUUGGAACCAACGGAAAAUGUAACACCUGUCUCAUAUACGGCAAGUCCUCGUCCUAAAAUGCUCUACAAUGGUUCGCAGACCUAUAACCCUGAUCAAUAUGAUCCUUUCUAUGCUGUUUACGAUGAAGAUGGUGAAUUAUACAAGGAUACAGACUAUGUGCAGCAAUAUAAUACGGCUUCGCUCCGACCGGCAGUCCAGCAGACCUACCGUGGCACUCCACCACCCGCUCGGAGACCAGUCGAGACUUACACACCCAGACCUGUGCCAGUGGACUACGAUGAUGCAUUGAUUCAAGGACAGAUUAGCAACCAGAAUCAAUACCAAUCACCCAUACGCCAUUCUACAAGGGGCGAUGGUAAUGAAUUGGGAUAUGAGCAUAAUCCAAGCAGUGUGAAGACGACCUAUUAUGAAGCAACUACUAUAAGCACAACUCCUUCUACUACGACUAGCACAAGCACAACCACAACUACACAACGAACUACUCCUGCACUCCUCACUGAAGCAAUGACACCGUCUCGUUAUACCGCAAGAUCAUCCACAGAUGAAAACCCCAAUCAAAAUCCUGAAAAAUCCUCAAACAAUGACCCCUCAGACGGGUCCAGUGAUUCAUUCCCAGUUUCUCCUUCGCCAUUAAUUAACUUAUCUUCCCUUGCCAAACCCUUUGAAAGGACUGACAAUUCACAUAGACUUAGUGAGACUUUACUGCUAAAAGAUAAAUCUUUGACUUCUAGACAUUCUUCUCGUUUCACUAACAACAAACCCUCUUUGGAUGUGGUGCAACCUUCUAGUAAAGAAAAUAAAAAAGUUGUGUCACUAACUACAGGAUUUUCCAUAAGGAGAAACCUAAACAAUACUAAUAACCCUUACACAUUGACUGUAUUAACGCGGCCAUUCGAUGAUUAUAAUAAAACACGCGGAGGAAGUGUAAUUGAAAAUAAUAAAAGCGAACAAGGUAGGUACUAUUAUUAUGACACUGAAGAUAAUAUGGAAUCUGUAAAUAUCAAAUCUUCCACGCCUAAAUCUAAUUCCGAGAAUUCACUCGAAGUAAUUACUCAAAGGAAAGACUUAAUUGUAGAAUUACAAAGGGAUGAAGACAUACCUAAACCAGUUCGACCGAAAAUUCGUAUACCGUCAUCAAAAACAAGAUACGUUAUAAGUACAGAACCAACGACGGUUACCACUACUGCUACUACUAAAUAUUAUUUAAAAAGUGUAGUUAGGCGUCCUUUCCCGUAUUCAGGUAAUGGCGAACAAUAUUUAGAUUCUACUGAGAAUUCUAUCCAUCCAGAAGUAGUUAGAAAUUCCAGUGAAGACAGCAAAAAAUCGGAUAUAGAAUUGGUCUCUCAAGCGAAUAUAUCAUCUAUAAAAGAAAAAACACUAUGGGAACAGAUUGAAAAAUCUGAAGAAAUAUUAGAUGAUCCUGUGGUCUCCCCUUACAAGUCUUUGGAUAAUUUGAGAAAUCAGUUAAGCAAUCGCGAUAAUCUUAUUCAAGAAUCAACAACCAGUUCUACAUCCACAACGCCUGUUUAUAGUCAACCUGAAACGGAAAAACCUCGAUCCAAAACGUCAUAUUAUAGUUACCGCAUCGUAGAUGAAGUCGUACCCGACCAAACAACUGAAGUAUUUAGUGGCAAAGUGAAAAAUGUUAUUAGAGCGUUCUUUAGUAACUUAGCGAGUACACCAACGCCCAGACUUUUAGAAGAAUUUUCUAUCACUACUCAUAAAAAUACACCACAACCAGAGGAAAAAGUGGUAAAUAUCGGGUUCCAAAAGAAAAAAAUUAAAUAUGUCGAUGAUAAACCGCUACGGACUAACACUAAAAGAAUACAGAUUGUAACAGAACCUAGCGUAAAUAGUUUUCUCUCCUCCGACGGUAAUAUUCCAAGUUUAACUGAGAACAUUCAUGAUUUAUCAUCAACGACAAUGUCGACUGUAUCGCCAGUUCCUUUAAUUAUUACGGAGCCAACAGAAACACAAGUACUCAUAGAUAGUUCUACAAAUAAAAACUACCGUACCUUUUCCGACAGACAGUCCUUUGAAAGUAAAUUCAAUAUUAUUACUACCACCAAACCGGAAGUGCAAACAUCGCAUAAAUUUCAGAAACUGCUGCAUAACCCAUCAUCUGAACGUAAUAAUUACGAUAGUGUAACUUAUAAAAACAUUGAUGACACUAUUACUAAAUCAUUAAGCAUAGAUACUACUAAAUCUCCUUCUGAGAUUGAUUGGGACGAACCUUCUAACCAAGUAUUAAGUGAAGUAGCUUCGACCACAAGUACUACUAAAGCGACAUCGACUGUGAGGAAUGAACCGACAUCUUCGACUAAGAGUAUAUCCUUCCCUACACGAGCAUCACGCGUCAAUCCCGCUAUAAAGUUGGCUGCGAAAAACCUCGGAGGUGGGCGCAGGAGUUACCAAACGUCGUCCAAAUGUUCAUCAGACAACAGUCUGCAAGCGAAUCCAAAAUGCAACGAAAUCAAAUACCAGAGGCCCAGCAGUACCCGGGGCCGCGGCUCUGCGCACUACUCCACAGCGUCUGAUGCACCGCAGCCAGUCCCCAACAGAGGAACACCACCAACUCGCAACCGACCUACGCUGAAGCCAUCCACAGCCAUUGUAUCCAAAAGUACGGAAUUUGUGGACAUUUACGCCCAUCCUCCGAGUAGACCCGCACCUGUUUACCCACAGCCGACACCAGAUAAAACAGCGGCCAAAUGUAGAAAAGACGUGUGCCUUCUUCCCGAUUGUUACUGUGGUGGCAGAGAUAUUCCUGGAAAUUUACAAGUGAGCGAAGUACCCCAAAUAGUUUUAAUAACAUUCGAUGAUGCCGUCAACGAUUUGAACAAAAUGUAUUACGAAGAGCUCUUCGAAAGAGGACGAGUGAAUCCUAAUGGAUGUCCAAUCUCGGCCACGUUUUAUGUCUCCCACGAGUGGACAGACUAUAGUCAAGUCCAAAAUCUGUAUGCAGAUGGCCACGAAUUUGCUUCACACACCGUAUCUCAUAGUUUUGGUGAACAGUUCACCCAAAAGAAAUGGAACAGAGAAGUGGGUGGUCAACGAGAAAUCCUUGCUGCAUAUGGUGGAGUAAAAUUGGAGGAUGUAAGAGGCAUGAGGGCGCCUUUCCUGUCAGUGGGAGGAAACAAAAUGUUUAAGAUGUUAUACGACUCGAACUUCACAUACGAUUCCUCUCUGCCAGUCUACGAAAACCGACCGCCUAGCUGGCCUUAUACUCUUGAUUACAAGCUCUUCCAUGACUGCAUGAUCCCUCCUUGCCCAACUAAAUCAUAUCCAGGAGUUUGGGAGGUUCCGAUGGUCAUGUGGCAGGAUUUGAAUGGCGGUCGUUGUUCUAUGGGCGACGCCUGCGCCAACCCACCUGAAGCCGAAGGUGUUUACAAGAUGAUCCUGAAGAACUUCGACAGACAUUACACUACUAACAGGGCUCCGUUUGGCUUGUACUACCAUGCUGCGUGGUUUACGCAGCCGCACCACAAGGCGGGCUUCAUCAUGUUCUUGGACUUCAUCAACCAGAUGCAGGACGUGUGGAUCAUCACCAACUGGCAGGCGUUGCAGUGGGUCCGCGACCCCACCCCCAUCUCGAGGCUGAACAACUUCCAGCCGUUCCAGUGUAAUUACCAGGAUCGACCGAAGAAAUGCAACAACCCCAAAGUCUGCAAUCUUUGGCAUAAAUCCGGAGUCAGAUACAUGAGGACCUGCCAACCUUGUCCUGAACAGUACCCUUGGACCGGAAAAACUGGCAUCAAAUCUUCACGCAUCGACAACGAAGCCGGAGAAUAAACUCGUGGCGUUUUUAAAAUAUAUAGUAAAAGAAAUGACAAAUUAGAUAUUUUAAUAUGUGAAAGAAUGAUUCUGAUUGAUCCAUAAUUUAUACUAGCCUAGGAGGCAAGGAUUAUUUAUGUUAUAGUUCUCAUUAAAAUAAAUUGUUUUGUCACCAACUAAAGAGUGCCAUUUAGAUUUCGAUGGUCACAAAGCAAGCUUUGGUUUUAAAUAUUUCCGGAAUGAAUAAAAAUAUACUUGUACCUACCGCUGCAUGUGUUAAGUCAUCCGCCACAUGAUUGUAUUGGAAACUGUGAUAUUUAAGUGUUUUCAAUCGUCAAGGUGUUCAAUAUUUAUAAUUUUAUACGUGCUUUAUUUUUUUAUACUUAGCAAUUUUUUGUGCAAUGGUCUUUUGCGAUAUUUUUCCUAUUUUGUGUUCUUUUAGAUAUACCUAAAAUAAUACUCUUUUGUAAUUAUUGAUAAUGAAAUUGUGUACUAUUAAAGUAUUUACAGUUGUAUUGGUUUUUCCAAACAAUUACGAUUUUCAGUUAUUGUACAAUUUUCAUUGUUUUGUAACGACGAUGUCACAAAUAUUCUUACCACAAAUCACUAAUUCAAAUAUUUUAUUAAAAAGCCAUACUGUUUUUUAGUUGAAAAGCUUUUUUUUCUUGCCAGCUGCGUGGUUGACACUGCCACUUUAUAACUGUAAAUAUAAUAUAGGUAUUAAUUAGUAUUAAUUGAUUAAGUUCGUAAUGAUCCAUAGGAAAAUUGCCUCAUGGGGUUAGUCAUGUGAUGUUUAAAUACAGCAAUAAAAUAACGUCGAAUUUAUAAAUCAAAAAUUAUUUUCCAACGUUGUGUAGACGUCUGUUGACAUCGUCAAUGAAUUGAUGUAGCACAUGUCUAUGUGACAUUUUUGAUAAAUAAAGAGUUAAGCUUACUUUUCAAUUUUAGUAAUUUUUAUUGUGAUUUUGAUACUGAAAGUUAUCCAUAAUAACAAAUCUGAUAUGUCAAACUUUUAAUUUAAGGCUUCUGUACGCUGCAGCAACUAAAGUUAUUGGAACUGCUCGCGAAUCUAUUUAAAAAGAAAUAUUAUCAUCAUUAUCUAUAAGUCCUAUUAUUGUAAAUAUUAGUUUAGUAUUUAAAAACGGUAGUUUCACUUUUAAACUCGUAUUUUCACUAUUCGGCACAUAGUCAAAUGUUUCGGUUAUUGUAGAAAACGUAAUGUGAUGAACCUUAGAUGCACAGGUAAAUUUACGUAAAGAUCAUAGGGAAGUUAUAGGAAGGCUUAUUUAUGUACAAGGGUUGAAAGAUAUUGUGACC